CAGCGAGGUGUAUGAUUGAUACUAUCAGCAUUCCACCAGCAUCGUGGCUAUUGUAUAGGAUCCCAUAGCCAAACCCGCAGCCUUUUUAGUAAGAUUCUAUCUAAAGCUUUACACUCCAACAGGGCAUUGAAAUUGCUGUUACCACUACACGACAAUAAUUUACUGUCGUCAAAUGUCUGCUGCUGACUCUGCUCGGAUUUACGCCGAUUUACAACAAGACAUCCCUUGUCACCCUGGCCCUGACUGGACGCGCUUUGUCUGCAUAUCAGACACGCAUUCUGAAUUGUUCGAUGUUCCUCCAGGAGACGUCUUGCUACAUGCGGGAGAUUUGAGCAGCUGGGGAUCUUUUCCUCAACUGAAGGUGACGCUAGAUUGGCUCGGGUCACUAGAACAUCCCGUCAAAAUGUAAGUGCAGAAGUUGAUACUAUAGUUUU